AUCAUCCCCACCAGAAGACACAGAAACAGAGGACCAGUGCCGCUUUAUCAAGCUCAACCUUCAGUCCCGAAUGUCGCCCUACUUCCUCUCCGAUGUGGACAGAUUCCCCGUGCCUGACAACAUGGUCGCCUGGGACAUCAGUUUUGAUGACUACUGCCCCCCGUCGUUCACAGCGCCGGAAAUUCUGGAGAAUGGCGGAGAGAUCGAUCUGGAAAAUAUACCAGAGGAGGAGAGGGAAGGGAAGAUUUCCUUCAACAGCGAUGACAGAAGUAGUCUAAUGGACACGCCCUACGUCAUUGACGCCGGCCUUCCUCGCAAUCCAAUUGGUCGAACUGGUCUAAAGGGGCGGGGCAAACUUCCCCGAUGGGGACCCAACAGAACGUGGGAUCCUGUCAUUACGAGAUGGAAGAAGGAUCCAGCCACUGACUCCCGAGUGAAGGGAACAGACGGGAGGGACGUGCUCGAAUUCCUGGCUGUUCUCCGAACCGACACCAAGCAAUGGUCCUUUCCAGGGGGCAUGCGUCGCGACGACAAGAACCAUUUUGCCGCGCUCAAGGUCAACUUCAAGGCCAAAGGGCUGAGUCAAGAAAAAUCCACUGAGAAAGUCAAGCAAAAGCUAGAACCACUUAAAAAAGAGGUGUACAGUGGGUACACAGACGUGCCUCUCAACACGGACAACGCUUGGAUGGAGACGACUGUGGCGAACUUCCAUGCCGAGGACGACGUCAUCUUUCGUGACAUCAACAUUCUGGCCGGCCACGACUCAAACUAUGUGAAGUGGCAGACUGUGUCCACUGAUCUGCCCUUGUGGGGGUCUCAGACCUACUUCCUCAAACUGGUGGCAGAGCUCCACGACGCUUCUAUCUGAGUUUCGCCCGGCAGACUGGCUAAACCAACGCUUACAUCUGUGUUCGCCCGGCAGACUGGCUAAACCAACGCUUACAUCUGUGUU